AUGUCGUCAACUAUUGAUAAACCGACAUUUUCUAAACAUGAUUACCAGAAAUUGGUAAAUAAUAAUGAUCCAUCAAUUUCACUUAUAAAACCUUCCAAUACACGAUCUGAAUUGUGGUCAAAAUUUUCUCAAUUGCAUCAUUUAAAUAUUCCACAAAAUUAUAUUGUUUGUAAUACGUGUCGUACUGUAUUGAAGUGGAGCAAUGAAACAGGUACAAAAGUGAUGAAGAAUCAUAAUUGUGACAACAAAUCAGCAUAA